AUGGCGGCCUCCGCGCCGGUCCUCGCGACCGCGGCGACGGCGGCGCGGGUACCACGUCCGCGUCCUCGUCGUCGCGUCUCGCGUCGUCGAGAUCCGCGUCCCGUCCGCGCGACGGAGCCGAACCAGGCGGACGUGGAGGCAUCAUCAUCGCGACGAGAGAUCGAGAGGCCACAGCUGGAACCGAAACUCGCAGAGGCGCGCGAAGUCGCGACGCGGCGGUCCUUCUCGCACGCGGACGAUUCCCCCGCGCUCGCCGCAAAGGUCGGACCCCCCGCGGAACCCGUGCGAUGGCCCCUGGUUCACGCGAGAUCCGUCGAGGCGCUCGCGCGCGUCCUCGCCAACCCCGGAACAGACGCGCAGAAGGUGAUGCGGCAGGCGCUCCGCGCGCAGUACCGCCCGCGGGGAUCGCUCGUCUACGACGAGAACGACCCGGCGCGAUGGCCCGGGAGCGACGCGCCCACGAACGCCGAGCGCGGCGCCAUCGCCGACGCCGUCCUCGCGUCCGAGGUGAACCGCCUCCGUCUCGCGUAUCUCGCCCAUCUCGCCGCCAUGGAUCCCGACAACAUCACCGUCCCAAAAUUUGGCAGAGCGGCGCUGUGGGCGGUGCUCUGCGACCAGGAGAUCGCGGACGCGUGCGAGGACGACCUUCCCCCCGACGAGCUCUCGUACCUCGACGCCGCGGACGCCAUGAUCGCCGCGCACUGGGCCGGGCUGGACGACGACACAGCUGGCGAAUAUGACGACACAGCUGGCGACACAGCUGUGCUUCGGGACACGUGCUUCGACGCGGCGAAACUGCGGGCUAUUCGCGCCGUCGUCGCCGACGCGGAUUCGAUGCAGUGGCCCGCGGAUCCCGCGACGGCACUCGCCGCCCGACGCUCCGUCCCGACGUGGCUCGCCGCCAAGCUCAUCGACCAGCACGGCGCGGACGUCGCCGAUCGCGUCGCCGCGUCGCUGCUUCGCAAGGCGCCGAUGUUCGGCCGACUGAACCGCGCGAAGCAGUCGGAUGUUCAGUCGUUGCUAGGGAGGCUGCGGAACGAAGGGGUGGAGAGCGUCGACAUGACGCAGUGGCAGUUGAACCUCGGGGCGGAGGCGGAGGAGCGCGGGGAGCCGAGGGCGUCGGUCAUCACGACGCCGGCGGCGGGCGCACCCGACGCGAUCGUGUUUCCCAAGAACCGAUCGCCGUUUCGGUUAGACAGCUGGCGCGAGGGGUGGUUCGAGAUUCAGGACGCGGGGUCCCAGGCGGUGGCGCGCGCCGCCGUCGAUGCGGUGGGCGAAUCGAGCGUCUCGUCGAGACUAGACGAGACAGAGACGGAGACGGAGACGCGCCGCCAGAGGGGCCGCCGCGUGCGGGUGCUCGACAUGUGCGCCGGUAACGGCGGCAAGACGCUGGCGAUGGCGUCUGAGCUGUCGCGCCGCGUGGACGUCGGAACCAUCGACGGGUACGUUAUAGACGCGUUCGACGUCGACGCCAGACGUCUGAGACACCUCGAGAGCAACGCCGAGCGCGCCGGCGUUGCGGGGAACGUGCGCGUCGUCUCGUUGGAGAAGAUGCGCGACGCCGCGCGGGUGGGUAACGGCGAGAGAUGCGUGGACGGGCGCGUAGAUGUAGCCGACCCGAGGUACGAUCUGGUGCUCUGCGACGCGCCGUGCUCAUCCACGGGCGCGAUGCGAAGGACGCCGUCCAUGCGCUGGCUCAUCGCCGGCGACGUGGCGGAGUGGAAGGAGGGCGCGCAGGGAGACGACGGUGAUGACAACGCGGAUAGCGACCGACGCGACCCCCUUCGGUACUCGACGGCGUGGGGCGACGGCGACGGCGACGGCGUCUUUGCCGAGGUGGACGUCGACGCGUUGGGCGACACAGCCGGCGAAAACGGUCGUAACGGCUCGUCUCCGGUCACGGACGGCAGCAGGGGUACCCGCGAUGACCUGUCCCUUCCCGAAGUUCAGCGGCGGAUCCUCGCCAAGGCUGCGGGGCUUUGCCGUCCGAACGGCGGCGCGCUCGUGUACGCGACGUGUUCGCUUCUGAGGGAAGAGAACGAGUGCGUGCGCGCUUGGUUCGACACGAGAUUCGGGGAUGACUUCGUCCCGGUGCCUUUCGAGGCGCACUGGCCGUUGGCGCCUGACGACGUCACGGGGGACGUGGACGAGGGCGACGUGGCGCGGGAUGACGUCGACGAGGACGGAAACGCGAUGGACGACGGUACGGUCGCGCCGUCGCACGGUUUCGCGCUGCGACCUGACCUUCACGGUUGCGACGGUUUCUACGUCGCUCGGUGGAUUCGAAAGCCCGAGCCCGGGUGGGAGCCCGGGUGA